UACACUACCCCGGGGAAGAAAAACUAAUCUUUAACAUUUCACGUAGUUCUAGAUGCCAGCCGUGUGUGAUGGCUGUCGGUGUCAUUUCCUUCAUUCUCGUCUUGUUGCUCGUCAUUCCAUCAGUCUCUCCUCCAGUGCUCUCAGCUACAGAGUCAUCCCUUUCCAUUAUUGAAGGGAGGUUUGGAGACUCUGUCACUCUCCCCUGUAAUGGCUCUGCACACAGUCACCUCCCUGAUGAUCAGCUGGACGUCCUGUGGAAGACUGACCAGAACACAGUGGCUCACUACUCUGGUGGGGAACUUGUUGUGGGCUCUCACUUCAGUGGUAGAGUUACGUUCCCCACAGAGAGGAUUCUGCGUCGAGACUUCUCCAUCAAUAUCAGCUCCGUUAAGUCCAGCGAUGAGGGCAAAUACGAGUGCGUGGUCAAGAAUGAGCAUUAUCUCAAGGAUGUGAAACUCCAUGUUUUACCACCCCGCUUUUCUAGGCCUCUCCCUGUAGCUGUUAACGACUCGGUGACUUUGCCCUGCUAUGGUGGUGUUAACAAAUAUGAGCGAGACAGACUCUUUGUUCAGUGGGAAAGAGGAGGUGACCUGGUGCUGAAGAUCAACUCAGAGGGGUUAAUCUCCUAUGGGCCAAAGUACGAGGGAAGGGUCUCUGUGUCUCCUGACUGGAGAGAUGGCAACUUCUCUUUGUCCUUGAGCGUUACUGGUCUGUGUGACUCAGGAGUUUAUCAGUGCUCCACCGACCAGAAGCACAAUGUAACUUCAGUCCUUCUGGAACUUAAAGAUUAUGGGCGCUUCCAAUCAGUCAGUCUCAGCCUUGGGGAGCCUUUCUCCCUCAGUUUACCUGAAAAACCAGUGAAUGUGACCUUCUCUAAGGGUGGAACAUUCCCCAAAGUGUCACUGUGUUCCACGGACACAGAUGAGUUUAGAUGUGAACCAAAGUACAAGAACAGGAUGGAACGGAAGAGCAACACUCUCACGAUGCUGAACGUGACAUCAGACGAUGUGGGAACUUACACAGUGAUCUUCUCAGAGAACUGUGUGAUCAGCCGUGUAUACAAAGUCAACAUAAUACCUUCAGUUAACAAGCAAACAUAUGUCCUUGAAAAAUAUGCUAUUUCACUCAUAUGUCUUGUCAUUUUUAUUUUACUAGCAGCAGGAGUAGUAGGAGUAUAUGUACGAAUGGAAAAGAAACCAAAAAUUCAGACUCAGUCAAUUAAAAUGAUACCGAGAUCAGAGGUGCAACAAUUAACUGACUUGCAUCACAAAUCCAAUCCACGUCUAAGGAUAUAGCUGCGUCAAUUCGAAAACCGACAAUCCAAUAAAAAUGGAGAAAUCUGCCAAAAAUCUAAACGCUCUUCACAAACCAAGAUAGUCAUAGAUUACCUGUAGAAGUAUAAAGGAACCCUUGUGUGUGUCUAAGCCCCGCCCCUUGUACAGUUGCUUAGGUGCUGUCACCUACUUCUCCUCUUCACCUCUGACGCAACUUAAAGGGACACCUCCUGCCUUUAUGAAAAUGGAGGACCUGCUAUUUCAUGUGCCAGCCUUAAAUCCAAAGUGUGAAAAUACUUCAGAUUCUGCAGCAAAAAAAACUUCAGUGACUUCAAAGUUAUGGAGUCUCAAUCCGGUGCUGAGUGAGUAGCCUUAACUCCAGACGGCUGGACGACUUGUUCACCCGAAUUGUUUAUCACAAUAUUUGUGUAUUAAAAGUCACGUUUUACAGACGAUUACAGAGUAUUUAACGAGACACACACAGGGAAUAACAUUGGUGCUUUGUUGCAAGAUUUCUGUGUUGAUAUCAUAGUCUGUAGAAAAACAUGGACCAAGUGCCUGUAUGGACCAAAAUAUGGACCAAGUGCCUGUAUGAACCAAAAUAUGGACCAAGUGAUUGUAUGGGCCAAAAUAUGGACCAAGUGCCAUCACCCACUGACUAACCAUGGCCUUCUGAAAAGCGCAGCUUCUCCACGGCAUCUCCAUUACUGGAAAAACGAGGCUUGUCAUCAUUGGAGGCAAUCUCAAUGCAGAGAGAUAUCGGGAUGAGAUUCUGCAACCAGUGGCAGUCCCAUAUCUCCACAGUCUGGGACCGAACUCCAUCCUCCAAGAUGACAACGCUCGCCCCCACAGAGCGGGGUUUAUCAGACUACCUCCAGAAUUUUGGAGUAGAGAGAAUGGAAUGGCCUGCCAACAGUCCUGACCUCAACCCAAUCGAACACUUGUGGGAUCAGCUGGGGCGCGCUGUUCGUGCUAGAGUGACCAACACAACCACAUUGGCUGACUUGCGACAAAUCCUGGUUGAGGAGUGGAAUGCCAUCCCACAGCAGUGUGGGACCAGGCUGGUGACCAGCAUGAGGAGGAGGUGCCAGGCUGUUGUGGCUGUGUAUGGUUCUUCCACAUGCUACUGAGGCU